AUGCCGUGUAUAAUUUGCAUUAAUCAACGACUGGGAACACGAGAUGAAGUGUUUGAGCACUUGAUAGUUGAUGGAAUUAUGGCUGGCUAUACGGUGUGGAGUUCCCAUGGGGAAAUUAUACCUUCAAAUACCACAAUAAUAGAAAAUAUUGUGGUUGAUGAAGAGAUUGUUAACAUAAAUGACAUACUUCAAGAUGUGUUUCCUGGUGAAGCCUUUGAAGGAGCUGGUGGUAGUAGCACAAGUGGACACAUAGAGGGAAUAGGAAAUGAGUCAGAAAAAUUGGAUAGAUUGAUGCAAGAAGCAGAGAAGGCAUUGUAUCCAGAAUGCAACGAGUUCACAAAAUUGUCAUUUACUGUUGCACUAUAUCACAUAAAGUGCCUAUGCAGUUGGAGUGACAAGUCCUUCUCUAUGUUGUUGGAUUUAUUGAAGAAAGCACUACCACAAAAUAAUACCUUGCCGAAUUCUUUAUAUGAAGCAAAGAAGAUGCUUAAAGAUUUGGGACUCAGUUACAACAAGAUCGAUGCAUGCCCCAACGAUUGUAUGCUAUAUUGGAAGGAUGCAUCUAAUGAAAAGUCUUGUCUCAAAUGUGGGGCAUCAAGAUAUUCACCCAAAUCCAAAGCUCCAGCAAAAACAUUACGCCACUUUCCUUUGAUACCAAGGCUUCAAAGAUUAUAUAAGUCAUCAGUAACAUCAUCUGAAAUGAGAUGGCAUAAAGAUGGACGUAUGGAUGAUGGAAAAAUACGUCAUCCUGCAGAUGCAGAAGCAUGGAAGGAUUUUGACAGACUGCAUCCAACUUUUAGUGCGGAUCCCCGAAAUGUUAGGUUGGGGCUUUCAAGUGAUGGAUUUAAUCCUUUUAAUGAUAUUAAGAAUUCAUAUAGCAUUUGGCCUGUUAUUGUGGUGCCAUAUAAUCUGCCACCAUGGAAGUGCAUGAAACAAACAUCGUUCAUGUUGACAUUACUAAUUCCAGGUAAAAAUCAGCCUGGAAAUGAUAUAGAUGUUUAUUUACAGCCUUUGAUUGAUGAAUUAAAAUUAUUGUGGGAUGGUGUUGACACCUAUGAUUCAUUGAAGAAAGAGUCAUUCCAUUUACGUGCCUGCCUCUUAUGGACAAUCAACGACUUUCCUGCAUAUGCCAAUCUUUCAGGCUGGAGCACCAAGGGUGCAUUGGCGUGCCCUUGUUGCAACAAAGAGACCAUGUCAACUUGGUUGAAACACAGCCAUAAGCAAUGUUACCUAGGCCAUCGUCGAUUCCUAGAAGGAAAUCAUAAAUUUCGAUUGGAUAAGAGAGGUUUCAAUGGUUGUGUUGAGUUUGGGGUAGCACCACAGCCCCUUUCAGGCAUUGCUUCGCUAGCUCAAAUGGAAGGUGUAGAAUUUCCUACAUUUGGUAAGGGAUCUGAUAAGAAUGAUACCGGUAAACGAAAGAGAGUUGGAGGUCGAACUGAACUACCUUUUAAUUGGAAGAAGAGAAGUGUAUUCUUUGAGUUGCCAUAUUGGAAGCAUAAUCUACUCCGUCAUAAUCUGGAUGUCAUGCAUAUAGAAAAGAAUGUGUGUGACAACAUCAUUGGUACACUGUUGGAAUUAAAAGAUAGAUCAAAAGAUAAGUUGGAGGCCCGACUAGAUUUGCAAGACAUGAACAUUAGACCAUCUUUGCAUCCGCAGAGGAUAGAGGGGAGCACUAAAGUGAUUAUACCUCCAGCAAGCUAUACAAUGUCUAAGGUAGAAAAAGAACAGUUUUGCAAAGCUUUAGAUGGUUUGAAGGUGCCUGAUGGGUAUUCUGGAAAUCUAUCACGUUGUUGUGAAAGUUCUGAAAGGGAUAUGUCCGGAAUGAAGAGCCAUGAUUGUCAUGUUUUAAUGCAACAACUCCUUCCUCUAUCAAUACGGGUACAUCCAACGAAGAAUGUUAAGUUGGUGUUGUUGUCAUUGUGCGCUUUCUUUCGAUGUGUAUGUGCGAAAGUUGCUAAAACCGAAGAUUUGAACCAACUUGAAGCCAGUAUUGCAGAAACCCUAUGCAAUCUAGAGAGGAUCUUCCCUCCUACAUUCUUUGAUGUUAUGGUUCAUCUAAUGGUUCAUUUACCAUGGGAGAUAUUAUUGGGUGGACCCGUCCACUAUAGGUGGAUGUAUCCUUUUGAAAGGUUCAACAAGACCCUCAAGGAUUACAUGCGUAAUGCAAGGCACCCAGAAGGGUCUAUUGUAGAGGGAUACAUUGCAAAUGAAUGUUUGCAAUUUUGUGCCCCGCAUAUCAAAGGACUCGAGACCCGAUUAACCCGUCCAAAGAGGAAUGUUGAUAACGAACAUCUACAGGUAGAGCACAACAUUGGGCUCCAUUUGGAAGAGCUAAAAGAGAACCUAGGCCAUAGGGUUCGACAAGAACAAAGAGAUAAGGUGCAUGCAGAGCAAUUCACAGAAUGGUUUAGAAGUCAUGUGGACAAGCUACGCGAAAGUGGAGAAAUCAUACCUCCCAUUAUUCAAAGGCUAGCCCAGGGUCCCAAUCGGGAAGUAAAAAAGUAUAAGGGGUACAUAUUGAAUGGUAUACGUUUCCACACCAAGGAUCGUGAAGCUAAUCGACGAACCCAAAAUAGCGGCGUCUUAGUAACCUCAAUAACAUCAAGCAACCCUCAUCGUAGAGAUACUCGACCUUGUGAUGGAAAUGUGCAUUACUAUGGUGUGUUGAAGGAAGUUGUUGAGAUGGAAUAUUCAGCGGACCUAAAAGUAAUGCUAUUCCAUUGUGAUUGGGUUGAAACAAGGGAUAGGGCAGUGUUCAAAGAACCUAUUGGCUUUACACGGGUGAACUUCAAUCAUUUAAUGCAUACCGGUCGACAUUUAUCUGAUGACCCAUUUGUCUUUCCUAGCCAAUCAGAGCAAGUAUUUUAUGUGUCCGACCCCCGCAACAAAGGCUGGGCUAUUGCUCUCAGUGCAUCAGUGCGCGAUGUAUUUGAUACGAAUGUUGUUGUGGAAGAAUACUUUACUCAAGAUUAUCAACAUAUGAACAUGCAGACUAGGGAUCUGAGACGAGUAAAUAUUGGUGGUGUUGAUCUUAGUUGGGAAAGGACAGACUUAGAAGGAACAACAGUUGAUGCAACUCUCCAAUAA